AAUUUCACUUCAUAAACCCUUUGCCAAAUUUACCCUUUCUGUUUUCUAACAAUGGCACCAAAAGCAGAGAAAAAGCCCGCCGAGAAGAAACCAGCCGCCGAGAAAACUCCAGCAGAGAAGAAACCAAAGGCAGGAAAAAAACUUCCCAAAGACGCCGCUGCUGCCGGAGAUAAGAAGAAAAAGAGAUCCAAGAAAUCAGUUGAAACUUACAAGAUUUACAUCUUUAAGGUGUUGAAGCAAGUUCAUCCUGAUAUCGGUAUAUCCAGCAAAGCUAUGGGAAUAAUGAACAGUUUUAUUAACGAUAUAUUUGAGAAGCUUGCUCAGGAAUCUUCUAGACUUGCUCGUUACAACAAAAAGCCUACGAUUACUUCGCGUGAAAUUCAAACUGCUGUUAGGUUGGUACUUCCUGGUGAAUUGGCUAAGCAUGCUGUUUCGGAAGGAACAAAAGCUGUUACGAAAUUUACUAGUUCUUAAUUUUUAGGGUUUGUGGAUGUAAAUUUAGUUUAAUUAAGUGUGUUUUUAGGGUUGAGAUGGCUGAGUUGGUUUAAGGUGUUAGAUUAAUGUUCUGUUCUGGAAGAGUAUGUAGUUUGCUUUUGUAAUGGAUUGCUUAUUAUGAAUGAAAAUUUCUAGUUUUCUUCA